AUGCCGUACCCCGGCGUCGACAGCGAUCGGCGGGAGAGAAAGCACGUGUAUUCCAACGCGCCGGCGGUAGAGGAGCGAAGCCGGCAAGGGAGCAAAAGAUCGAGGCCAUCAAGUGCCCCAUUGGUACGCGGCAGCCAUCCGGAUAGGCCACCAAGUACCCCAUCAGCACGCGGCCGCCAUGACCACCAGGAUAAGACGAGGAGCAAAAGUAGUGACGGUGAGAUGCUCGUGGCGCUAUCUCGCAUGGGAGGCGGCUCGGACUGCGCUCCUAGAGAGUUGCGCAUCAUGAAGUGGGUGGUUCUUCGAGAAACGUACCUGACCAAGCUCCACGGGGUCGUGUCGGCCUACGGCAAGCGGGCCAGAUCUAAGGCCGCCACCAACGGGAACAACCGGGCGUCAAAUGCUCUAAACGAUCACAAGCGACGGUCGCCAAAGCUGUUUGCUCUGCUCACAGAGCUGCUGACUGUGCUGCGGCGCAUCACGGUGGAGAUUGUGGAGGCCGUGGAGAGGUGGAGGAGAGGCGACAAGGAGAGACCGUUUAUCUGGGGAUCGUCGAACUACCUGGUGAAGGCCGCCGGUGACAUCGACUUCCUCUCGCGCCUCCCGGGGCUAGAAGAACAUCUAGGCGUGCUCGUUUCUAACAACCCGUUCCUGUCCCACAUUGGUCUAGACGGGCGCUCAGCUGUCCUCGACCGCUCUUCCAUUCGAUCUAGAUCGGGCAAAUUUCCCCUCAGCGCCUCGGGGUCGCUCGGUGUGUCCACAGAACGCGUGGCGGCUGCUUCGGCCGUGCUAUACCGCGAAGUUCGGCGCACGCAGCGACGACAACGCAGGGAGCAGGAGGAGAGGAGGGGGACUAGGCUACGUUCGGGUCACCCCACACCGAUUUCUAGCCCGUCUGGCAGGAGGAGACGCCCGGUCAGCUCAUCUGGAAAGCGCAGCCCGGCCGAUUCCGGGCAGGACAGAUUCGAUGACAAUAGAAUUGCCUCCAGGCACGGCGACAUGCCGAAACGACGCCCACCAUCUUUGAACCCAGCUGCAGCAGCAGCAGCAGCAGCUGAAGAGUCGCGCAGUACCUCCACUCCUUCUGACGGCAGCCGUAAUUCCGAUAGACGGCGUGGAGUAGAGUAUCGGGAGAAACGUCACUACGAGAACCAACCUGCAUCAGAGGAGGAUGGAGAGGAGCGGGGGGUGGAGGAGGAGGAGGAGGAGGAGGAGCGGCAGAAGAUCCAUCACGCUUGUGUUGAUGACGAUCGUAGGCGAGUCAGCCAGGCUGUUCCGCACAGAUGCUCCACAGCACGCAAGCUGUCAGAGGCGGAGAGUGGCCCAAAACACUCACGAGGUCUUCCUAGGAGGUCCCUCCCUUGUAACCGCGGGGCCGUAGAUGGUGGCCCACAUCAUUCUCCUCGUUCAGCUGAUGAGCACCACCUCCCGGACGGAGUGGCUCCGUACCGCAACGAACGACGGGCGACCGAGGUGCCGCGUGUCCGCGACAACCCUGGUGAUGGUUUCCAAAGACGGGUGCGUCCUCAACACGACCGACGGCGGUCGACUGGGUCGAGCGAAUCUGAACACGCUCAGGGGGGGGCCACGCGAGGAUACUGCACAACAGGGGCGGAAGACGAGCGUGAAGAAUCAAGUGCUCUUCCACCUGAUGACCAGAGCCUUGACUACCAGAACGGGGGGGUGAUGUAUACCGACGAUAAUCGCUACGAACAGCACGAUGAAGGGUACGAAUAUCUUGAAGACGACCAAGACCUCGACUACUACUACGAGGGAGAACGAUACUACGGGUACGUUGAAGACGAGGGUCAGCAAGGCUACGAUACUCGUGACGUCGCUGUGGUAGACGAGCGGUGCACCAACGCUGAAGGGUAUCCGGCGGCUAAUGUAGACAUGAGCGACGGACAUCACGUGGAUGAUCCGGGGCGUUAUCCUGACGAUACGGAAGGGGGCGCCAUCCUUACACAACCUCCGGACGACGCCCCGGUUGAACAACCAAGCGAGACGCACUAUCAACAGUUAAGCAAAGACGAGAGCUACGACUUUCAACCUUCGACGCCGGGCGGUGUACAAGAGGUGUCCGGCCACAACAACGAAGAUUUGCUUACAGCCGCUACCCACGGGUCGGAGGUGCACCAGGAAGAGGAGGCUGCGCGCACUACGGCAGCAAGAGAACAACAUGUCCCCGGGCGGGAAACGGAAAGGGGACUUCCUCCUCCUGUUCUACGCGGCGCCGUUUACGCAAGUCUAACCAGGAACAUUGCCGCGACCAGAAAAGGAGAGGGUCCUGAAUCGAAGAGGGGUUCGUCCGGAAGCGACCGGGUUAACGUGGACACCUCCAAUCGCACGUUGGCAGACUCUUUUCUGGCAUGGGCCGAAAGAACCGAGGGCCGACUGCGCCACCGUGACGCAAAAGCUGCGAAACAUUACCGUCUCGACCGGCUUCGGCACGGCAUGUCCGCGUGGGAAAGGCACAGAGCUACCUUCCUCGGUGGCCGCAUGGCGGAGGCGUUUGCCGGCCGGUUCGGCAUGUCCUCACGGAUCUUCGUACGGUUCGCUUUCGAAGCCCUCCGGGCGCAUGCCAAGGGCGCGCGCAUCGUCUCGAGGAACCGCUCAGCGAUGGGAAAGCUUGUCUCCCAUUUGGAACGGUUCGGGAGAGCCAGGCUACGGCAGGCGUGGCGGCGGUGGACAUUGCCAAAAAUGGGACCGGAGCACUGGCGGCCGGAACACGCCGAGGCCCUGAGGCAGCUGUACCGGCACUGGAGUAUGGGGCGGCAGCGGGGGGCGUUGGAAACGUGGCGGCGACAUGAGCUGCGGCAGCACGGGCUUGGCGCUGAGCCCUCCCGUUCUUCCAUCCGCACGGCUGGAAGCUUCGCAUCAUUGAAGGGGAAACUGAAAGCUGCAGGAUCAUUUGCAAAUCUGAAAGCCGCACCCACUUCGAAUGCUUCAAAAUCGCGGGGAUUGGCGCCGCCACCCAAGGGCGUUCGCCAGCAGGAGACCUCUGCAACGACCAGUGCGAGUGGCAAGGACGAGGACAGCUGGGCGGAAUGGUUGGGCAACGAGGCUAGCGUCUCCGUCGUGUCUCCGGAUGGUGACAGGAGAGGCCAGAUAAAAGUGACAGCAAGCAGCACGACCAACAACAAGACGGUUAAUGGAUCCUCGGCGUUGUCUCCGACGCGUUCUUUCCGUGGACUGGGGACGGCGAUCAAGUCCAUGAAGUCGUUCCGUGACGGACGAGAUAAGAGUCAGGCUCGGCACUUUGCCGACAAACGCACCAAGCUCCGUGGUGAAGCCGCUAAGCGGCGAUCGAGGGAAAACGCCGCGGCAACGAUCCAGAGGGCACUGUUGAGAGCUCCGCGAGAGCGACGGAUCGCCGCAAGAGCCUCCAACAGCGCGUCACUUAUCCAGAGGAUGUGGAGGCUGCAGUCACGGAGGUGGCGAGCAGGGUUCCGACUGGUCAGGGCUUGGCGGGCAAGAAAUCGAGCUCGCGUCGCAACGCUCGAUCGAGCUCUUGUAGAGGCGGCGAGCGAGGGGGACCUGCGUGCAGUGGCGUUCCUGCUACAUGCUCCCGCGGCGACGGUGACGAUAGGGUCGUGGGUGAGGUUGGGGGGAGCGGCGGAUGUGAACGCGGUGGCAGGAAACGAUCACGAAACCGCCCUGCACGCGGCAGCGGCAGGCUCAGGGGGUUGGAGUGGCGAAGGUCAUCGUCAUGCGCCGACCACGGGGGUAGAAAUUCGUGUCAGGGAUGGUGCUGAGUCCGCUGUUGGCCGAAGGGGUUCCUCCACGCUCGCACCGAUGGCCCCAGCAGCAGCCAAGAGCGGCACCAACCUUGCUGGGGAUCUCUCAGAUGUAGACGGGCAACGUAACGGCAGUGGUCACUGGUUGAGAGGGCGGGGGCAUGCCCCUAACUGGGCCGGUGUCAUCCAGGCUCUGGUCGAAGCGGGCGCGGCGGUGGAGGCGAGAGAUAGGAGAGGCUUUACGCCAAUGAUGACGGCCGGCGAGAAGGGCAGCAGGGAGACGGUCGCGGCUCUUGCGAACAUCGGCGCCGAGGUGGACUCAAAGGAAGUGCGGGGCGGGAAGAGGACGCCGCUUGUUAUAGCUGCACAAAAAGCCAAUGCUUCGGCGGCAGCGGCUUUGUUGGAGUAUGGUGCAAGGGUAAACCUCACCGUCGGGGACGGUUUAACACCCCUCCACGAGGCCGUUGGGGCGGGAAGCAUAGACGUCGCGGAGAUGCUGGUGCGCGCCGGGGCGAACGUGAACGCAACGAACGAGUCGGCGGGAAUGACGCCGCUUCACCUGGCGGUCGCCAACGAUCAGCACGCCGCCGCGCGGCUUCUCGUCCACUCCGGAGCGAACGUCUGCCUUCCAGAUGCUCGCGGCCUCACUUGCCUUCGGCUGACCAUCGAGAUGGCCGACGCCCCCACGGUGGCGCUCCUGCUUGCGGCGGAACCUCCGGCGGACCUCAGCGUCACAGACGAGAACGGAGGAACCGUCCUCCACGCUGCAUGUAGGCUGGGCCUUACCGACAUAGCGCGGCUAUUGCUGGAGCACGGGGCGGACCCGCACGUCAGGGACGCCCGCGGAAGGACCCCUGAGCUGGUAGCGCUCGAUCUUGACCAUGGCGACUGUGCGGGACUCUUCUACAACGUCGACAUACACAGUUAUACUCCACACGAUGGCGGUGUUGGUAGUGACAAUUCGUCCAAGGAAAGUGCACAACGGGACGGAGAGGCAAGAGGAGAAGACAACCGCAGGAAGGAAAACAGGCACGACGGCGAGCGCGGUAUCGGCGGCAGUAACAGCGACGAUGACAGUGGGACUGACACAGCGCAAGGGCCAGCGGGAGGCGCGGCGGGCCAGGAGGAGGAGGAGGAGCAAUGGGAUAGAGAUACCGCAUAUCAAGAGCGGGAAGAAACGGAGGAAGAGGGAGCAUGGGUCGCUGAUAACCUUCGCGAGGGCUUCGCCGAGGCCGUUGCAGCCGCUCGGCGCGCUUCCUCCUUGUCGAUGCCGGCGCAGGACCAGGCGGAGGUCGAGGGGUCGAGCUAUAUCGGUGAAUACGCCGAAGGGGCGCUUAACACGGAAAAAUCGAAGAGCUACGAGAGCAAGGGUUGGGAUGAGGGCAACGGUAGGGGUGGCGUCGACGCGGAAGAAGAAGGAUCCGAGUGGAUAUGGUCCGAGGCGGAAGGUUGGAUCCGCGGUGCAGGCAGCGGUAGUGGCGACCCUGCCGCGUCUCGAGCCCAACCCCCAGAGGCAAUCAACGAAGAGAACCGCGGCCCAGGUACUACAGAAGCAGCAUCAGUGGCAGAUGACCUGUACACCGAGCCCCACCAGAGCGCGGAUUGGCAACAGUCAUAUGAUUAUUCAAGGUACGGGGCGAGUAACAGCGGUAGCGAUAGCAACAACCCGGGCUACCGGAACAGCUGGGCGGAAAAUGAACGUGACCGUGGCACCGAACUCGAGCGACAAGAGGGCGCGGAAGAGGGGGGAGAUGACGGUGGUGGAGGGUCCUUCGAAGCUACGAUUGACGCCGAGUCGGCAUCACCAGGAAUAGAGGAGGGGCAAGAGCAAGGAGCGAACAAGUCCUUUCAUCCGAACGCCGAUGGCAUCAACGACGUUGCAGCAGGCGAUGACGCCGUGGGUCUCGAUCACGAGGAUGGCGACAAAAGUGGCCACGGCACAUCCGGAAGCUUGGAAGGUAGCGUGGAGGGCAUGGCCGCAACUGCACGGAUCAGCAAUGGCAAUGCUAACCAUCGGCCAAGUAACGCGUUUGGCACCAUCGUCGAGGCGGCCAAAGCGAGGAAACGUUGGAUACCUCAGCUGGACGAAGUAUCCGGCAGCGUCUACUACCAGAACGAGGAAUCCGGGCUGACUCAGUGGGACGUGCCUGAAGAUGCAGUAGUCGUUGCGGCUGAAGACGGAUGA